AUGUUAAUAAUAUUUAAAUUACCCACAUUAUUUCAUCCCCUGAUUCGUCACCAUCCCAUCCCAUCUUAUCCCAAAUACACACAUUCACAAUCCAAUAUGGAUGAUCCCCUCUUACUGGGAUUUUUACAAAAUGUCCAAGCAGGUGAACACCGACGAAAUGAAUCGAGCCAACAUCAGCACCAACAUCAUCACCAACAUGGCCAUAACCAUGUUCACGGGAAUUCUAAAUCUGGACCCGUUUUGAAAAAGAGAAGAGCAUCCAAUGAUGGGUAUCAGCUGCAAAUAAUGAGUAGUGACCUAGCGUUUAAAAAACAUAAAUCCGUUCCAAAGGAAACUGUGAACGGUGAGAGGCGGGAUGAGCCUAAAUUUGAUGCUCAACCACCAAAAUCCAUUGGGUUCCUUGACUUGCAACGUAUUGAACAUGCAACCAAGAGCUUGCAAAAGAAUGCGAAAGUGAUCUUAUCCCAAGCCCCCGAUGCCAAUCAAUUGAAAGAAUUGUUAAACUCAAGAGAAAUUGACAGUGCCACUAGAAGUGAUUUGAAACAGAGUGAUUUAAUGGCAUUAGCAUCAAGAUUGAAAACCAAACACAUUUUGGGUGAUGCGCCAAUUCUUGAUCAAGUAAUCAAUGAAACUCUUAUACUCACCGAAGAAGAUAAAGAAAAAUUAACCAAAUUGGUUGGUGAGCAAGGUGUUAACCAAAGUCAACUUGCUUUAGCACGCGUUGUUGUAAAUGAUAUAGCGCCAAACGGAGUUGAACAUACAUUGCCCAAUCUACCAAUAAUCGAUGAUGUUCACUUGUAUGAAAGAGUAUUCACCCACAAGUCCAAUGUCAAUAACAAGACAUACCUUAACGACAGGAAUUUGAUCAAUAGUCAUAAUGAAAGAUUGGAGUUUCUUGGUGAUUCAGUUUUGAAUAACUUGGUCACUUUAAUCAUUUAUGAAAAGUUUCCUGUCAGCUCAGAGGGUGUUAUGUCACAAAUUAGAGCGGAUUUAAUUAAUAACAAAGUAUUGAGAGAUUUUGCAUUACAAUACGGUUUCGAUCAGAAAUUAAGAUCAAAUGUAUCAAAAGACCUGUUGCAAUUGGGAGAUCAAAAAGCAUACGCUGAUGUAUUUGAAGCUUAUAUUGGUGCAUUGAGUUUGGAAAGAGGGCUUGACCUAACUGAAGUAAGAAGAUGGUUGGAACAACUUUAUAAACCUUUACUUGCCCAAGCUGAGAAGAAGUAUAUCACUGAGUUUUUGGAUAAAGAAGCCAAAACUGAAUUAUAUGCUCUUAUUGGAAGAGCUGAUGCACGUCCAGAGUAUGUUACUGUUGUUGAAGGUGAUGGUUUAGAGAACAAGUUUGUUGUUGAAUGUAGGAUGGGAGAUGAGGUUUUAGGAAAAGGUGAGGAUCGCAAUGCCAAGAAUGCUGGUCUCCGUUCUGCCAUGAAUGCUUUAAAGAACAGUGCGGCGUUGGAAAGAUACGUUAUAGAAAGGCAAUCCGUUGAACGUCCAAUUAAGGAAUCCCGUGCUGAACGUUUGAAGGAGAAAAAGGCUGAGAAGAUGAGGAAGUUGAGAGAACAAGAAGAAGCAGGGGAGAAGCAAGUUGAAGAAGCUCCCGGGUGCCCCGAUUCUCCAAUUCGUACAUCUAUGUUUCCCCUUGAGGUUCUUGAUGAUGUCGAGGUGGAUGGUGAUGCCAAGAACAAGUUGUAUGCUACAUUGGGUGUGAAUACCGGAACCAAACCAGAAUACAUUGUCAAGGAGUCUAAGAAUGGACAGCAUACGGUGCAAUUGUUAGCGAGGAAAUUGAUUGUUGCUACAGCCACUGAUAAAUCUAAGAAAAAAGCAACGGCAAGAGUUGCUGAUGCGGUAAUGAAAGACCCUGAAGCUUUGAGAGAAUUGUGCAAACGAUUUGAUUAG